AUGGCGAACGUGAAAUGGACUGCGGUUGAAGACAAGAUUUUUGAAAGCGCCCUCGUUGGAAACAAAGACGCCGAGAACAAGUGGGAGUUGAUCGCGGAAUUGCUUCCCAGAAAAACCGCUGAAGAAGUAAAGGAGCGUCGAGAGACUCUACUGAUGAAUGCAGCGACAACGGGGACCACAGAAGAAGACAAGCUGUUUGAGAGUGCUUUGAAGAAUGUUCCAGAGGGUACUCCGGGAAGGUUGCAUGAGGUGGCCAAGGCCGUUCCCGGUAGGACGAUGGAGGAGGUAAGGGUUCAUUCUGAGCUCUUAAUGAUGGAUGUGGAUGUGGAUUUGAAUGAGAUUGACUUCCGUCGGGUUGAACUUUCGAAUUAUGACAAGGAAUCGGCGAGAGAGGGAUCUCAGAAGAAGAGGAAACCAUGGACAUCAGAAGAGCACAGGAAAUUUCUUGAGGGGGUGAAGGAGUUUGGAAAAGGCGAGUGGAAGAGCAUUUCGAGGAACUCGGUGAUCACAAGGACGCCGGAACAGGUUAAAGACCACUUCCGAUAUUACUUCGGGAAAAACGACAGGGAGCGAGAGCUAUACAACAACAAAACCAAAUUUAACGACGGAUUGGGGGAGCAGCAACCCAGGAGGAAGCGGCGGAGGGAAAGAACGAUGGUAUUCUUGCGAUGUCUCUUAUUCUUACCGGCGUGCGGCGGCGAGAAACGCCGGUGUGUGAGCGAAGAUUCAAUUGGGAAGAGGGAAAGAUGUUAUUCAUGUGUUCAUCAUUAUCAAUUCAGCAUCUGGAUUCAGUUAUAUAAUUACUCCAAAAAGUUUAAAGCAGUGGUCACUGGUGUGCUUGCAGCUCAACGAUAUGACGUGGAAGUUCUUAUCCAAAACUCCAACUUGGAAGCUUUUUAA